CACGGAGGGACCAGCGAGGAAGCUUCCAGUUCUGCCCCGUCGACUGGGCUCUGCGGCUGCCGAAGGCUGACCGCACACCCACUUGGAAGCAGGGCCGGGCUCGGGGACGAGCGUACGGAAGUCACCCCGGGAGCCGGAGGGGGCCCCAGCGUGUGCCUCUGUCCCGGGACGCACCCCUCCCCGACGGCUCAGGGGGCCGUGUGCGCUCUGACCAGCGGGGCCACCGCACUCAGACCUGGUGGACUUAGGAGGACGAGCAUCCCGCCCACCUGGGUUGUAUCGCUUGACGACACGCUUUUGUGCGCGAGGCCGGAGCACAUCCUGUGACACGUGGGCACAGGGAGAGCUCAACGGCACCCCAUAGUGAGUGGGGGCGCUCCCCCGGAACACACCGAGCAGCCCGUGCUCUCCGAGACCCGAUGGACGGAUGCCAAGGCCUCGGGGCAGAGCACGGAUCUCCUGGCACACAGACGGCUGGAUGCAGAGGGAGCAGUUUUCCCCAAGGCAAGUGGACACUCAGCUGACAUGGGCCCAGUGGGUGUUGCACAAGCGUCCCAGUGAACAGCCGGAGUCUCAUCAGACCCUACGCUUCACGUCUCCAGAGGAUGAUUGAUCGGCUUUCUUGGUUCCAGGAAGCCCAGGUUUGCCUGCCGGCCUCAAGAUGGCAUUUCCUGGGUCUGUUGUCGUCCGCUGACCUGUGGAGCUGGAGAAGGCCGGGCCCGAGCCACCGCGUGCUGGUUCCCGACGGAGCCAGGCGCCCCCCAGAAGGCCACGCUGUCCUUUCCUGAGAGGUUUAUUUCCCAGGCUGGGAAGGUGGAGGUUGCCAGGAAUGGGACAGCAUCCCAUCAGCGCUUCUGGACCCUCUUUCGGAGCCACUGUCCCAGCCCUCAGCAGCCUCAGAUCAGAGCUUACCAUAUUCGUCUGCUGGCCUCAGAAAACAAGGAGCCUCCUUCGCCGUUCCCCGACUCUUCCCGAUUUCAAAUCUGCAGAAGCAGGUCAACAGGAUUCACUGAAGGUACAGGCCUACAGCAGAGUAACCCUCAGGUCACCGUUGUGACUGCCAACGUUUUAACGUGUCGCUAAGAGGAGGCAGUAGGCAGAAAAGAAAACCUUAUUUGAUGGCAGGAGGCAGACCUUUGGGGGCCAUCCCGAAGCCACCGGGGUUCCCUGUGGACGACCCCAUGCCGGAAGCGGUGCAGAGCGUCCUGCUGGAGCGAGGGUGGGACAAAUUUGACGAAGGAGGGCAGAACAGCGAAGACUGGAACCUGUAUUGCGGGACUUCCUCCUGCCGGAUGACUGAGGUCAGCGUGAAGCCGGGGCAAGGGCUGAACCACCACCCGGGCACCACCAGGCGGACCGGAAGGACCGCCUGGCCAGGCUCCUGGAACUGCAAGCCUGUGGAGCCGUCUCGCGGGACGGCGAUCAUCAUUUCCAGUGACAUUAAAGACUUAGUCUUUGAUGAUACAUACAUAGUACGGAAAUAUACCUGCCACCCUUUCCUCAUGGGCAGAGGUAAACCUGACCUCCGCAUCUGCAUCUGUAUCACGGGCUUUAAGCCUUUGACCAUUUACAUGUAUCAGGAAGGGUUAACGCGCUUUGCCACGGAGAAGUUCGACCUGAGUAAUCUGCAGAACAGUUAUGCCCCCUUGACCAACCUCAGCAUCAACAAGUCUGGGGCCUCGUAUGAGAAAAUCAAAGAAGUGAUCGGUCGUGGCAACAAGUAGACCCUCAGCCGGUCCUUCUCUUACCUUCGCAGCUGGGACGUGGACGGCCUGCUUCUGUGGCAGAAAAUCCACCAUGUGGCUAUUCUCACGGGGCUCGCCAUCGCUCCCUCGGUCCCCUUCACGGCCAACUGCUUCGAGCUCUUUGGGUUUGAUAUUUUGAUUGGUGACAACUUGAAACCGUGGCCGCUAGAGGUCAACUUCAGCCGUGCCCUGUCCGUGGAUUGUUCGGCGGACGUUCUGAAGAGAAAACCCAUCCACGACACUGCUGAGCUGAUUUACUUGCAGGGUCUGAGGCACGGGAGGGCAGAGGGUAGUGGGUCCCGGGGGAGCGGCGGGGUACCCCUCGCGGAGCUGGAUGCCGGUGGGCUCAACCGCGUGGGCAGAACCCUUCCUCGUGAGUCCCUCUUUCCGGUCACGGGCAGACUAUUUAAGGAGGAAUCUGCAGUGAAGAAAGCCAUAAAGAUAUGUCCCGAGAGUAAACGUGCCUCCCAGCCUAGAGAAAUGACGAGUAGGAAGAAAGACCUUCUCCUUUCAACAAGAGAACCCCCCCAAACCAAGCCAAAGUUAAAGGGCAGACACACGCCCCACAGCCUCAUUCCGUUAGUGUCCCUCAUCCAAGCGUGCGCCCACCGGACAAGCAUCGCCCCGUGCGUCGCCUCGGACUAGAGCAAAGUGCCAGAUCUCCAAGAGGGGAACUUUGUUCUCAUUUUUCCUUUCAACGAAGCAACUUUUGGAGCUUCCAGGAAUAGAUUAAAUGUCAGGAGAAUAAUCCAAGAGUUCCAGAAACGAACGAACAAACAACACUCCCACGUGGCAGAAAAAGAAACAAAGAGAAGGUGACACGGCUUUUGGAAAACCAAGGAUUCCGUUGCCGGGGACAGCAAUGGCUCAGCCCCUGCCCCUCUGCAUUCAGCACGUUGACCACGUCGCCGGGGCCACCGAUGUGGGCGUAAAUAGAAAUAUAACAACCCUGACAAAGUAGAACACGUGCAAAUGAUGAUUGAAUUACAUGACCUGACUGGUGUAUUUGCUCCGAUUUCUUGGGGAAAUACCACACAGCCUCUUCCCUGUCCUUGGAAAUGCUUUAUCACAAUUACACUGUGCAUUUACCGAAACACGAAAACCAAAGAUAAUCAGCGUAUCUUUUAAGGACUCUGAGGUGAAAACGGUACAAAAAAGGCUAAGGGUUAACUUUUUGUUUCUUAAUACACCAUUUUAUGUUCAAAAUUAUUUUUGUCAACUUAAUGAUCAGUCAUUGGUAUGAGGCGAAUUACAGGAAACCUUCCCCCAGGGUACCCACGUGACUGUUAUGUAUAGGUCUUGGGUCCUAAAUCAGACAUUGCACCACAUUGCUCCCCACUGGGGUCAUCCAUCAGCCGUAUUUGGAGAGUGUCCCCUCGUGGUUGGCCCCGUCACUGAUAGAUUACCAUCCCAGCAUGCGACCUCAGAACCUUCCAGAUCUAGCCUUGUCACUCCUGCCACAUCAGAAAGCACUGAAGAGUCCUAAGACACAAAAGCCGCAGCAUUUACUUGAAAACAUCAUGCUGAGUGAGAAAAAAGCCAGACACAAAGCGCCACACGUAGUAAGAUACGAUUUACAGGAAGCAUCCCGAGUUGGCAAGU